UUAUUGCCAGAAGCGUUUGGAGCACACUGACCUCAGACCUGUAAACAAGAACACAAACACAUCUGCAUAUGUAAAGCCCGUAUGAAAGUUUAACGUGUUAAAAAUACAUCUGCAGAAGUAUCACACAGGAUGAGACAAAUCAAGAAACACGCAAACUACUGCAGUCAUCUUAACAUACUGUUGCAUUCUUAUACACUUUUACACUUAUCAUUGUUUUCACAUUAUAUUGCUCAAAACAUAAACAAUAACAUAAGUGUGAGGUUACAUUGCAAAAGCCAUUUCCAUAUCCAUACACUAACACUACUAAUGUACAGUCAGGGCUCCUCCCAUUGACAGAUUGAUACGGCACGACUCGAUCUCUUGGAGUUCACGCCCCGUUUCUGGAGGGAGGGCGGAGUUUAGUCUUUUUAAGAGAAUGUUUGUCAUUCUUCACUUCUAAAGCAAAUCCUGGUAUAAACCUGCUGACAUCAGUAGAUGUGAAGAAAAACAUGAUUUGAUCAAUGUUGUGAAGAUUUGAAUAAAGUUGACCCUCAUCUCUCUCUCUCUCUCUCUCACACACACACACACACACACUUGAAGCCACACCUCCUAACUUCACAGGGGGUGGAGAGGUCUUUUAAUCUGAUCUCUUGAGUUAUUCUAGCACAAGAUUCUGAAAAUGCUUUACACUUUACUUGUGUUCUGUCUGAGCUCGUGGCUGGUUGGUAAGUUUACUAAGUUUCUGGUUUAAAUUCAUUAUAUGUGUUCCUUGGGGUCGCAUUGCCAGCUGAGAUUUUUAACUUACAUUUUUAACUUGAGUUAAUUCACUUUAAAAAUAUUAGUUAAUUCAACUAGGUUAGGCAACUCGACGAGAAAUUCAUUGAGUUAACUAAUAUUUUUCAGUUACGGUAACUUUUUUUUAUACUUGGUUCAACUUAAAAAAAAAUAAGUUACCUGCUUAAAACAACAAAUACAAUAAACUAUUUUUUACAGACUAUACAAGGGCGACAGAGAAAUGAUAAAAAACUUGUUUUUGGGGGGAACCGGAAAUGGUCUUUCUACAGUAGCACUGCUGUGAUGAAGCGUUUGUAGUUCCUUUAUUUUACAGAGUGAAUUUUUAUUCGAUUUGUGAAUCAACCCUUUACAAUCUGAAAUAAAAAUAGGUUGUUGUUUUUUUAGAUAGCCUAUUUUGUCCUGUGACUGUUAAAACACAGUGUGCUGCAUGUCAUUACGAGCAGGGUGUCAUUUUUUAGAGCUCAAACGACUAUUUAUAAAUUACAGUUAUUGACAUGAAAACUGUUUCUUUCUACAUCAUAACUAUUUGAUACAGCAGGCACAAAUAAUCAUGUACCAGUGCCACUUCAACACAACAAUGACCUAUUUCAUGUUGAGAGCUAAUAUGUUACUGAACUACAGAUGUGUGUUUGUGUUGUUCAGGUGUGUUUGGUGAUGAAGUGAAGUCAGUGUCAGUGAUGGAGGGACAUUCUGUUACUCUACACACUCAUACUGAACUACACACACAUGAUGUGAUGGUGUGGAGGUUUAAAGACAUCAUCAUCGCCACAAUCAUGAGAUCAGACAACAUUAAUCCCACAUAUGAUGAUAAUGAUGAGACUGAGAUGUUCAGAGACAGACUGAAGAUGAACACUCAGACUGGAGAUCUCACCAUCACACACAUCACAUCUCAACACUCUGGACUUUAUCAUCUCUAUAUUCUUAGAGGAAAUACUGAGAGAGUCAAGACAUUCAGUCUUACUGUUAAUGGUGAAGUGAAGUCAGUGUCAGUGAUGGAGGGACAUUCUGUUACUCUACACACUCAUCUCACUCACAUACAGAGAAAUGAUGUGAUGGUGUGGAGGUUUAAACACAUCAUCAUCGCCACAAUCAUGAGAUCAGACAACAUUAAUCCCACAUAUGAUGAUAAUGAUGAGACUGAGAUGUUCAGAGACAGACUGAAGAUGAACAAUCAGACUGGAGAUCUCACCAUCACACACAUCACAUCUCAUCACUCUGGACUUUAUCAUCUCUAUAUUCUUAGAGGAAAUACUGAGAGAGUCAAGACAUUCAGUCUUACUGUUAAUGCCUCAGAUGCUCAUACUCCAGCAGGAGGACUGGGCUCAGAUCUUGUCAUUCUUCUCUCAUGUGCUGGUGGAUGUGUGAUGAUUGUAACUGUGUUUAUGAUCUUCUGCAUCUGUAGAAAACACACUAACACACAACAAGAAGAUCAUCCUCACGAAAAACAAAUCAUCUGCGCUGAUUCAUCAUUUUACAAACACAACACACAGAUAUCUGAAAUGACAGAGGUGGUUUACACGAGCAUUAAACAGGAUCACAUUUGUACUAAAGAACAGUUAAAGUACUUCAGUAAAGCACAGUAUUAUGUUCGUAUAAAUAAAAAAAUAAAAUAAAAUGAACACAACUGAUUUAAUUAUGUCACUGCGUUUGUGUAAAAAAUAAGAUUCUUCCUCCUCAUCUUGAUGUUUAAACAAAGUCAGUCCACUGGUGAAAGUCUGGUGUGUUUUCCUCUGAUUUCACCAUAUUGUAAUAUUAUAUUAUAUUACAUUACAUUUAAUUUAUUAUAAUUUUUGAAACUUGAAUAUCAAUGUAUGAUUCUGGAACAAAAUAAAAAAUUUGUGAACAUUAACAUUUUACAAGCAGAUUUUUAAAGUAAACAAUAUUUAUGUAUAAAUAUAUUUAGCUACUACAAUUUUAAGAGAAUAAACUCUUUUUCUACUGUGUGUGAAAUUAACCCUGUGCAUAUAUGAGAUCAGAAUCCCGUCACAAGUAUUGCGGGCAUAUUUAAAAAUAUAAUAAGCCUAAAUCCAAAAAUUAAAACCGCGAGUCAGACUGUGGUUUGCUAUCUGGGAUAUUGUGAUCUUGUGACGGGAUUCAUCCUGUCUGGUGCCCGAACAACUGUAAUUUAAAUUAUAUAUAUACAGUAUAUAUUUUUUUUCUUUAAAGUUAUAAGUGUACGGGUAUUAUAUUAUAUAGUGU